AUGGUGAACAAGAAAAAGAAAAGGGAAGGUAAAGGAGGACAAAACAAAAGUGAAGGGAAUAAAAUUGAAUGGGAACAACUAAGAGAGGAGGCAGCAUCAGUAGCUGCUGUUCUACUUGGAGCAAGAAGAGCCAAAAAACGUUACAUUGGGGUGCGUCAAAGGCCUUCGGGAAGAUGGGUGGCUGAAAUCAAAGACACCAUUCAGAACAUUAGACUAUGGUUAGGAACUUAUGACACUGCUGAAGAUGCUGCUAGAGCUUAUGAUGAAGCAGCUCGUUUGCUUAGAGGUGCCAACACUCGCACAAACUUCUUUCUAUGCCAAUCUUCCCAUUCUGUUCCUGCUCUUCCUCCAAAGAUUGCCAAACUCCUCCUUCUUAGGCUCAAAGCUAGAAGCAUUGCCUCUUCUUGCAUGGUUACUACUCCUUUUCCUAUUAACCACUUUGAGCAAGAAACAGAAGCAGACCCAGAACCUCAUUUUCAUCACCAAAUAAAAGAACAGCACUUUGAGAAUCUUCUAGAUAUGGCAGGAAAUGGGGUUGUUGCUGAAGGUUGUGAUGGUGCUCGUUCUGAUUCUUCUACCAUAACUACUUGUGACAUCAGCUGUGGAACUAAAGAAGAAAAUUGUAACCAAGAGGGUAGUAGGGAGGAUUUCAGAUUGGGGUAUCAUUGUGUUAACAGUGUUGGUGAUGAAAACAAUCAGAUUAUGAGGCCUAAAGGAGAGUUUGAAGUCUGUGAUGUUGAGAUCAUGGACUUGCAGUUUUUGGAUUCUGGCGGGUCAUUGAGUUACUCUUUUUCUCCAUUUGAGAUAGCAGAGGAGAUGAUGGGACCAAUGGAGGAAGAGAAAUAUGAUGUGGAUGAUUCAACAUUGCUUAGAGAAACUUUCAGGAUGAAGUAUGAACGUAAAUUCUCAGCUUGUCUUUACACCAUAAUUGGGGUGUCUGAGUGUUUGAGGCUACAAGUUGGACCAGAAAGGUGCAUGUCAAAGAGGCACAUGUUGAAGAGCGUAGCUAAGGUUGUGAUUAGAUUCACAAAGAAGAAUAUCUCUUUGAAGACAGUGAUGGUGAAUCUCCUUAUAGAACUGGCUCUAAGACAAAUUUUAAGACACCAGCUGGUUAAGCUUGGCGGUAAUGAACCUAACACAGAAUAA